AUGACAACUUUGGGUUUGAUUCCUCCUGGGAUGUUCCCUAGCCAGUCUUCCAUCCCAAACAACACUCCCCUCAAUCCUCUCAAUCCUCUUACUCCUCUUACUCCUCUCACUCCCCUUACUCCAGUGGAGGCGGACCCGAGUAUUCCUCCGAACCAAACGUUGUACGUGAAAAACUUGAAUGACAGGAUAAAAAUCGACAUUUUGAAGCGGGAGUUGGUGGAAUUGUUCGGGAAAUUCGGGAAAAUUCUGCAAAUUGUGGCCAUGAAAUCGUUCUGGAGAAGAGGCCAAGCCUGGGUCAUCUACGAUAACAUCAACUCAGCCACAGAAGCCUUAAAAGAACUUCAAGGGCAUAAGUUGUUUGGUCAUGUGAUGAGGAUAAACUAUGCGUUGGAGAAGAGUGACGUGGUAUCGAAGGCGGAUGGUACGUUUGUGCCAAGGCCUAAGGGUCCAAAGAAACCCAGACAAAUACUACAACGCGAACUCAUCCUCAAACAAAUGUAUUCCAACUCAGUCAGUAAUAAUUCACUGAGUAACAACUCAGUGAGUAACAAUGCAAUGAGUAACAAUGCAAUGAGUAACAGUGGAAAGGAAUCAUUUGGAUUUACAGAUCCGGUGAAUAAUAGUUUCAGUAUGGAAUCGCAAGGUAGUCUCCCUGGACAAGGGAGCGUACCAAUGUACCAAACUCUAACUCCUUACAACAAUGCCUAUAGUAGUGGACAUAGUAGUUCAUAUAGUACGGGAGUUAGUACAGGAUUUAGUAGUGGGUAUAGUACGGGAUUUAGUGGUGGUUUCUCCGAUGAUCCUUCUAUCACCAGGCGGAACCGUGUGUUAUUUGUGGAGGAUUUACCGGACGGGAUAGCGCACGAGGACGUGAAUAACUUGUUCCACCACAUGCCAGGCUUUGUGGAAACCAAACUCAUCAACUCCAAACACGUCGCAUUCAUCGACUUCGAUAACGAAUUCAACUCCAAUUACGCUCUACAACUACUCCAGGGUAAAUUACUUAACGGUCAACCAAUCAAAAUCUCCUUCGCCAAAUAA